AGUAAUUUUACGCAGAAUGAGCUGACCGGCGGGUGCCAGAUUGACAGGUCCGGUGCCGGGGGUUAAAGGGUACAUCAAGAGCAAGUAUCAUAACUGAGACUAUAUUACUUUACGACGGUAUUUAUACAGGAAACAUACAUUGCGUCGUCUAAAGCCCGUAUGAACCUUCUUCAUCGAAAUCUGGACGGGACUGCAGUGCGAGUGAUGCCGCGGAGAUAUUCAGAGAUACCACCGCUGUGAUUUGUCACAUUUAGCAAAGAUUAACAUAACAUUUUGCUUACACCAUAUCAAAUAUCGCUGAGUGUUAGUUUAAAACAAUGCGGCAGGCGUUUUUGAGAAAUGUCCGUCGGUUUCCGUGGGUCACCAACGUGACAAUGUACGGCUGCCUGUUCGCGGGAGGGGACUUUGUCCACCAGUGGUUCUCGCGCAGGGAGGAACUGGACUGGCGACAAACACGGAAUGUCGCGGUGGUCGCUUUUGGUUUCCAUGGUAACUUCAAUUUCUUCUGGAUGCGGUUCCUGGAGCGAAGGUUUCCCGGGAACUCCAUCCGGAUGGUGCUGAGGAAGCUACUGCUGGACCAGACCACCGCUGCACCGCUGGCCACCAGCGUCUUCUACACGGGUGUCAGCUUCUUGGAGGGAAAAGAUGACAUUUUUGAAGACUGGAGAGAGAAAUUCCUGAAUACCUAUAGGACGGGGUUAAUGUUCUGGCCAUUUAUGCAGUUUCUGAAUUUUACCUUCGUGCCUCUGUAUUUGCGAACCACCUUCACCGGCUGCUGCGGCUUCGUCUGGGCCACCUUCCUCUGCUUCUCGCGUCAAAGCGGUGACGGCACGGCUGCUGCGGCUCUGGCUUGGAUGUUCCCUCAUAAAGAAGAGGAAGGAGAAUCCAUCAAGGAGAAAGUAGACUGCAACGACCAGAAAGAUGCUUCCAAAGAGGGACCAGUAGCAUCCAAACCUACUCAGAACUGAAGUAUGUUGGAUCAGUGUCUGUGAUGGAGGGGAUAAAACAUAAUGGCGGUCCUGUCUGUUUUCCAUGUUGCACUAUCACUGCCAGAGUUUAAAGUGUCUCUGAGGUUGGGCUAAAAAGUGUGACCUCAUUAUGCUCUAAGGUGCUUUGCGAAAGAGCAUCCAGCUAGUUGAAUGUGUAUGUUUUUAAAUAUGCAUAAGGCACAUCACCUUAGUGGAAACAUAUCAUUCAUUUCUACUUUUCCAUCAAUGUGCUAUACUUGUCGUCUAGUUUUGUUUUUAUAAAUGCAGCUUUGUGCUCUCUCAUUUCAAACGGGAGAGUACCAUUUUGUAAUUGGACCAUAUUUAAUGAUUUUUGAAGACUACUAUGUCUGAGGAGAAGCUUUGAUAAUGACGGGAACAAGCUGGGGAAGAAUGUUUUCCACAAAGAGGCUGCUAAUUGAUUAGCUUAGACUUCUUACUUCAUAGCAUUGGCCACAUUUCUGAACAAUUCUUUAAAAGGGCCCUAUUAUGCUUUUAGGGGCUUUUCCCUUUCCUGUAGUGUUCUAUAGGUAUUUGUGCAUGUUAAUGGCCUUCAAUGGCUAAAAUCCCAAAGUUCUCCCAAAGGAGGUUUCUCUCCCAUACCCCCUGCCUGUAAUGCCUUGAUUGUUAGUCCUUUGCUUACUUCCAUAACUUAGUGACAUCACUAUGUAAUGCUCCAUGUGAUUUACCAAUUACAACAGAGCCAGCCAGCUGACCAAUUACAGCAGACUCGGCUCUGGUGAAAAGAGGUGCUGCAGCAAAGGCAAUAUGAGAAAAAUAAAGACCUUUUUGAACAUUAAAGCAUGGACACAUGUCACAGUAGAGACAAGACAUGGAAAUAUGAACCUGACAAUGAGCAUAAUAGGGCCUUUAAAUAUCACUCUCUUUUCAUUAGCAUUAGUGAUAAGACAGCGCCUGAUCUCUAAGGACUUUCUACUUUGGUUAAUGUUUACUAACUCUGGUACAAGAAGUGUUAAAUGAACAUUCACACAGGUACAAAUUAUCCGUAAUUCAUAUAUUUAAAAAUGCACUUAAAAUAAACUAUAACAUAUCUAUCAAUACAUGUUUUUGAUUUCCAUGUUUUUUUUCAACCACAGUCAUUUUACUUCUAAAUAUUGUGGCAAUGAGAUACUACUGAAGAAGUUUACCUCAAACAUCUGUUUACUUGAAUGUGGAACUGCUGCCUAUUGUUGUACUUUAUGUUGAAUGUAAGAGAGUGGAGUGCACAAUUUCCCUAAUUAUAAUAAUGUUUUAUCCUGUUACCUAUUGAAAAUGUUAUAAGUUUCCUUGCCUGCAGUGGUUAUUUAAAUGUAAUGUCACAUGCCUCCGCCAAGCAGUUUUGUAUAGAGGUCAUUUUUAUAAAUAGCUCAGCACAAGAGCUGCCUACUAUUUGUAUUUAUAGAAUUUAAAGGUUUAGAUCAGAUCUCUUGUUUGUCUCAGGCAUAUCAAUAUACAAUAACAUGGCAUGGUGUUUCUGUGUAUAACUGAAAAUCCACACACAUUUUUUCCUGAUGUGUUUGAGUCUAAAAUGGGGUUUGCGAUUUUGAAGUAUCUAAUGCCAGAGAUGUUGUGUGAUUAUAUUAUUCAACAUGUCUCUCAGAAGUGAACGAAUACUGACUGUGAAAAAUAAUUAUAAUAUUACAAACUUGGGUUGCAGAAAUGUUUUUUACCCAACAUCUGUUUGAUCCCUUUUAUCAGACACCCUUAGAAUAAUCCCUUAUUAUUAGUGUAGUACUAGAUCGGUUGGUUCCUUUAAUGUUUAUGCUGAUUUGCUCAACUGUCGCUAAGAGAUUAAAUCAAAGAAUAUUCUCAAUUUCCUAUCAGCGACUGAGAACUAGAUAACAUUAUAAACUAAUUCAAUGAUUUAUACACUACCUAAAGGACAUAUCUGUGCCGGUGACUGGUGUGAAUUGCACAAAUUAUUAUGGAAUUAUUAUUAUUUUGAUCACGAUUGCUCAAAAGUUGCACUUAAUGUUGUAUAGAUAUAUAAUAUUUGUUGUAGAAUAAAUUAAAUUAAACCAA